AUGUGCUCGACGUCAACUGCGAUCCUCUACUUUGGGGACCAGUCUCUGGAUGUCAGCACUUACAGCGAUUCGCUAAGGUACCUGCGCCAGAGAGCCACACCUUCGUCGACACAUCUGCACAGGUUCUCAACGCAGUGGCUGGAUGAUGUGACGGGCGAGCAAUACAAUGUGCUCGAUUGGGCAGACACGGCCUCUUCUGAUAGUGCCUCUCAAGCAGGUCCAAUGUCUUCUGCGCUUGUGCCCUGUGUAUCGCAGCUUGGCUCAUUGAUCUGGAAGUGUCAAGAAGACCCAAGUAUACUUCAUGACAGCCGCCCGAGGACAUUAGUUGGUGAAUGUGUCGGGCUCAUUCUCGCAUGCAGUGUUGCGGUAGCAAGAGAUGCGGGACACCUCGUUGAUCUUACUCAGGAGACAUUGAGAAUAGUGAAGCGUUUGACUGAAUUCGCUACUCAACGCUCUCAGGAACUAGAAGAUCAUCCUGGCUCAGUGUGGGCUCUUGCCGUUCAGCUACCAAAACAUGACUGCAUCGCCGCCAUGGCCCGUUGCUCCGAUUAUGAAAAAAUUCCGGCUCAUAAGAGAGCAUAUGUGAGCUUUGAGUUGGAAGAGUGGUCCGUCAUCUCAGGCCCACCAUCGACGUUAAAUCAACUACGAUCGAGGACCUUCGGCAAUACGGCAAUGAAAGACCUGCCAAUAUUCGCUGCAUAUCAUGCAGAGCACCUUCGGGGACCAGAAUAUGAUCAUAUAAUCGGAGACUCUCCAUUUCUUGAAUCACCAAUUCGAGAUGGUGUCACUAUCCUCUCAUCUAGCACCGGCGAGGUAUUUCAAGGCAGCUCAUUGCGGGUUAUACUGUCACAGGCACUCCGCGACAUCCUACAGCGACCUUCUUGUCCACAACAGGUGGCAAAGCAGAUUGCACAUCAGCUGGAAUCGGUCACAUCCCUGCCAGAUCUGUAUACUUUCAGUCCAACGCCUCAAUGGAGUGCGUUUGCUCGUCGCUUGAAGAAUUUGGGAGUUGGUAUCGGUGCUAUCUCUAGUCUCGGCCUUCAUCAACACAAAAGAAGAGGCUAUAACACCAGCGAAGACAGCCAUGGCGGCAGUGAUAGCGAUAAAGAGGAAAAUGAAAAUCUCAUUGCGAUCACCGGAUACUCUGGCAGAUUUCCAGGGGCUGGAAGUGCGGACGAGCUGUGGGAUGUACUUUGCGAGGGCCGUGAUACCUCAAGCCAAAUGCCGCGUGAUAGGUUCUCGGAAAGCCAUAGCCAGAUAUUACCCACCGGAUGCUUCAUUGAACAAGCCGGCCACUUUGACAGCAAGUUCUUCAACAUGUCGGGAAGAGCAGCUUUACAGACGGACCCAUCACAGCGGCUUCUGCUACUCACGACGCAAGAGGCCUUGGAUAUGUCAGGCUACAACAAAGAUCUCCAUACACGGCAUGUGGGCACGUUUGUCGGACAGGCUACUGACGAUUGGCGCGAACAUAACAUGGCACAGGAUGAUCCGUACUAUGUGACAGGGGGUCUACGCGCUUUCGGCCCGGGCCGGCUGAACCACUUCUUCGGAUGGGAUGGCCCAUCAGUCUCGGUGGACACAGCUUGCUCCUCCAGUGCUAUGGCUCUAGAUCUAGCCGUGCAGUCUCUUCGAGGACGUAAGUGCAACAUGGCCAUUGCUGGCGGGGCUAGCAUCAUCUCGGGUGACGGUGACGCCGGCAUGUACGCGGGCCUCCGUUGCGGCGGAUUUCUGGGAGCAUACAACACAGCCUGCAAAACCUUCGACGCUACAGCAGACGGAUAUACGCGCGCUGAGGCAGUGGCUGUCGUCGUCCUAAAGCGUCUCAGUGAUGCGCGAAGAGAUGGUGACAUAGUCCAUGGUGUCAUCAGCGGCAUCCUGACGAAUCACUCGACAGAUACGAACCCCAUCACUCGCCCGUCCGCGGAAGCUCAGAAAUCUUUACUUCGUCGUGUUUUGAGUGAGUCGCUGAGGCAGCCGGAAGAUGUGGCCUAUGUUGAACUUCAUGGAUCCGGGACACAGGCAGGCGAUCUUGCAGAGAUUGAAGCCGUAACGGCCGUUCUUGGAGGCCCGCGUCGUCACCCCAGGGGUUCACCAAACAGACCAGCCAGCGAACUACGGAUCGGCAGCAUCAAGGCCAAUAUUGGACACAGCGAGGGUGCAGCCGGUAUUUCAGCCUUGGUCAAGACGCUGCUCAUGAUUCGCCAUGACAGUGUUCCUCCACAUAUUGGGCUCAGGACGGAACUAAACCACAAUUUCCCUCCGCUGAAAGAGCUAAACAUUGCUAUCAAUUCGGACUCUGAGCCCCUGAAGUUAAACGAACAGACUUCAAGACAUCGUCAAGCCUCUUCAGCUAUCAUACUGAAUUGCUUUGGGGCAGCUGGCGGGAAUACCAGCAUUCUUGUGGAGGGCUCGAAGAAGCAUUCAAAGCUCAUCAGAAAACAGCCCAAACACCGAGAGUCAUAUGAGAACUUGCCACGCAUCGUUGUUGUUUCUGGCAAGAGCUAUUCGGCCUUUCAAGCCAACAAAACGAGACUUCUCAAGUUCCUCGUUGAGGAGCCUUCUGCGGCGAUUGAUGAUGUAUCUUACACAACCUGUGAACGGAGAACUCACCAUCCGCACCGCUUCGCAUACAAAGCCAGGGAUACAGCUGAGAUCAUCAGCCUUCUUUCCGAAGAUUCUAGAGACACGAGUGAAGUAUCGCCACCAUCACGGCAUACAUCACAUACGCCGCACAUUGUCUUCGUGUUCUCCGGGCAGGGCGGACAAGUGGCCGGUUCGGCCCAGCAUUUAAACGACAGCAACAGCGCGUUUCGGGAAGCUUUGCACGACUACAGUCAACUCAGUGAAUCUCUAGGCUUCUCCGGGGUCUUAAACCACCUCAUUACUCCCGAUACAACGGAUGCCUCACCGAACACCGUGCUAGAGCAAGUCGCACUCAUCGUGUUUGAGCUUGCUCUCAGCAAAAUGUGGGAGACUUGGGGCAUACAGCCUGCGACUGUACUUGGACAUAGUCUCGGAGAAUAUGCUGCUCUCCAUUUGAGUGGCGUUCUCUCUGCUGCGGAUGCUAUUUGGCUCGUGGGCAAACGGGCAGGCUUGGUGCAAGAAUCUUGCAAAUUUGAUACCCACCGGAUGCUGGCUGUAUUGGCCGAAGAGAAACAACUCACUCCAUUCCUAACAGACUACGGACUCGAGGUGUCAUGCAGAAAUUCACAACGACAGACUGUAGUUGGUGGGCCACUCGAUAGUAUCCUAGAGUUUCAAAACCGCCUUAAGGUACAUGGGAUCAAAAGUGUCUUGGUUAAGACACCAUAUGCCUUCCAUACGGGUCAGAUGGACGGUAUCUUGAAGGGGCUGCUUGAUGUUGCCACGCAAGCUUCCUUCGCCAGUCAAGCACAGAUCAACUUUGUGUCGACGGUAACGGGAUCGGUGCUCAACACUUGUCCGUCCUGGCCCGACCAUGUUGCUCAACACGCCCGACAUUCUGUACAGUUUUCCGACGCUGUUGAAUCUGCAAUGAAACUCGGUCCUGGCCAAAAGACCAUCUUCCUGAUAAUUUCACCGACACCGAUUUGCAGAGACAUGACUGUCGCAAACAUCACCCUGGCGCGUGAAGACAGGGCUGAGGUUCUCGAGGCUACUGGCACGGGAGACCAGGGUUACCUUGACACUAUUGCCUCCAGUGUAAGUAAACUUUACAAUUCUGGGGUUGACGUCGACUGGAGCCGUUAUCACGACGCGAUAACACAGGGCGGAAGUCUGCUAGAGUUACCAGCCUACGGCUUUGACCUGAAGAAUUUCUGGAUUCCUCUAGCGCACAGGCGUCAUCUUCCUUCCAUAUCACCAUCAAUAUUGUCGUCGUCGUCGUCAUCAUCACAGCCAGAUACACCUGUUUCUGGAUGUACCCUCGACUCAGAGGACGAGGGAAAAGCUAGGGCGAAAUAUGUGACGAAUCUCCAAGAAGAGCCGCUGAAGAGUCUCAUACUUGGCCAUGUAAUCCGAAACAAGGCCAUAUGCCCUGCCGGCGUGCUGAUCGACAUGGCCUUCGCCGCCCUGCUACAAAGACCAGGCCAACGGGUGGGUCUCGAGUCCAUCGGGUUGAGGUCACUACGCCUGAUGGCGGCUAUCACGAUAGAUAGUGACGCUACCAAUGGCCCAAACCCGACUCUUGAAAUCACCUUGGAAAAGUUGAACGUGGUCCCGGAAUAUGCUGUUACUUUCUACGGCGGCGAACGUCAGACUCAUCACGCAAGUUGCAUUUUGCGAGUGACAGAUUACUCGAACGGCAUCAGAGGCGAGCACACGGCUCGCUCUCUCAUUAGGUCCGUCUCUCGUAUCAGCCAGCUUCGUAGCAACGCCGCCGCCAACCACUUCAACGGGCCGAUGAUCUAUAAGAUGUGGACGCCCGUUAUGCGGUACUCUUCAAAGUACCAUGCUCUUCAAAACCUCACUCUAGCACCCCUCGGUUAUGAAGCGUCCGCGAAGCUUCGAACAACAUCAAGCACGGCUGCCGGAGACCAAAAAUAUGUGAUUGACCCGGUCUGGUUGGAUGGUGCAAUGCAGGCCGCUGGCUUCACAGUGAACAUGAAUGUUGCUGCUGAUCCCGGAGCGGUAUACGUACUCAACGAAUGUGCGGCUAUCGACUUUUGGGAGCGUCCUCGCAGCAACAGCAUGUACGCCUGUUACGCUCAUGGAGAAACAGAUGGAUCGGGCGACGUCAUUAUGGACGUUACGAUAUUUGAUGAGGAGAAUGACAUGUGCCCCGUGGCCGCUAUCGGUGGCAUGCGUUUCCACAAAUUGAAACAACGACCAGAAACCAAAAGCAAAAGUGGCAAAGGCUGUGAGGACGCUACAGUACGGAUGGAAGAGAGUGAGCCCAGAACUCAGGCCAUCUCAUCUACUCCACGAUCGUCAAAGUCAAAGCACUAUUCUCCUCCAAAGAGCAUGCUCCUCGAUAAGCACGAGGGAACUAUCAAGACGCGCCCGGCAAGCUUGAUAAGCAAACUCAUCUCAAUACUGGCCAAAGAGACGCAUGCAGACCCUGAUGAGAUUGGUCAGGACACCGCACUGGCUGAUUUGGGCGUCGACUCCUUGGUGGCUCCUACAAUAUCAGACACCAUUCAAGCCGAGCUAGGCGUCGAGGUUCCGUUGAUAGCUUUACUAGAAGCGCAGACCGUGAGCGAAGUUGCCUCACUUUGCUUAGAGAUUAAUCUGGCAAAUGUCGAACCCAGACGCGUCGAAGCUGCCGCUGAAAAGGGCAGCAUCACACCGGCAAACAUUGCUCUGGGACUGAACACGACACCUCACUCCGUGAGUGCUGAUCUUUCGAGCAGAGUUGUUCUCUUGCAAGGUUCCAGUCGUUGCACACACAACUUGUUUCUCCUUCCAGACGCCUCCGGAAGCAGCUCCGUGUACGCAGGGCUUCCGUCGAACCUGUCUAUACAGACCGACACGAGAGUAUACGCCCUCGAGUCACCGUUUCACGGCAUGAAUGUUAUCCCCAAUCUCUCUAUGGACAUGUAUUGUUCACUAUUCAUCGAGGCAAUUAUUCGUCUGCAACCAACGGGACCAUAUAUGCUCGGUGGCUGGUCGAUUGGAGGGCGUCUUGCAUACGAUUGUGCCAGACAGAUCAUACAAUUGGGACACGCAGUCUCUGGAAUUCUCGUGAUAGAGUCUUACGCGCAUCUGACUCCCAAUCUGUGUUCAGGUCCCGAACCGAUCUCGUGUGAGCAUCUCGAGGCAACGGGGUUCUUUGAAUGGUCUGGAGGUCAUGUGUCAUCAACCAUCGCUGAGUGGCAGAAAAACCAUAUGCUGAAUAUCAUUAUCAUGAAUAGCUCCUACGACCUUCCACCGCUGUACAAUAACGAGGAGAAGAACGCGGCGACAUUGCAAGUGGUCUGGUCGUCAAAUGGCGACUUUUCGCUGUUCCCGACCAGGAUUCUGCGAAAAGCGCAGGAAUUAAGCAAUGGAUCAUUCGGCGAUGCUAUUAACGGUGAUCAUGGAGCUUGGCUGAAGAAGCUACGCCCGGAAACCUCUACAGCCCAGCUCACGGAAGAAUGGCGAGAGUUAGCAGGGCCGUGUGUGAGGCAGCACAUCGUUGAGGGGGGACACUUCGACAUCAUGAUCCCCAGAGUGAAUGAGGAUUUGGCACGUGUCAUUACAGAAGCCUUGAGAUGGUUCUGCGAAUCUAGGUUGUAG